UGAUUUCUUCAGGAAAUGUUUAAUGCAAAAGAAAAUGUGUGAGAGGCAGUUUCGUCUGUUGUUUGUGUGGAUGUUUAUUUGUGUGUUGAAAAAAAGAGAGGAAUUUCCCCAUUCUAUAAAAUACAGUAAAGAAAACAUCUACAAAGAGUAAAUAACUGAACCUGGACAAAUCUGAUCUGGUCUAACUGAAGUAGUUUGCGACGUUGCAGAACAACAUGACUGAUGAGGAGACAAUGGACCCUGACUAUGACUACUAUACCCCAGAAAAUGAAUAUGGCAAUGAGUUGUGUGUCAAAGAGGAGGUGGUGAAAGUUGGAUCCAUUAUUAUUCCAGUGUUUUUCACAAUAGUUGUUCUGUUAAGCUGCAUCGGUAACAUCCUCGUUCUGGUCAUCCUGGCGCUCUACGAGAGUCUCAAAUCCCUGACCAACGUGUUCAUCCUCAAUGUAGCUCUGUCAGAUCUGCUGUUCACAUUUGGACUUCCAUUCUGGGCCUCGUACUACAUCUGGGGUUGGACGUUUGGAGACGGUGGCUGUAAAACGGUGAAGUUUCUGUUCUAUGUUGGCUUUUACAGCAGUGUGUUGUUCUUGACUCUCAUGACCGUUCAGCGUUACAUGGCAGUGGUUCAUCCUCUGUCUGACUGGGAGAAAUGCAGAGGAUUUUCUAUCGCCCCCUCUAUCGUUUGGAUCCUGAGCGGAGCAGUUUCACUUCUUGGUUCACUUCAUAGCAAAGUUAUACCACAUUUUAAUAGUACGUACUGUGAAUAUGACAAUGUUGAAAUGAAAUCUGGCAUCACAUAUUUUCAAAAUGCUUUUUUCUUCAUUGCAUUUCUAAUCAUGGGUUUUUGCUAUGGCAGAAUGCUUUGGACGAUAACAAAAUCACAGACCAAUGAGAAACACAAGACUGUUAGACUAACAUUUGUUAUUGCACUGGUGUUUUUUAUUGGUUGGGCUCCAUAUAACAUUGUUAUGUUCUUAAAAUCUUUGACUGAUCAGAAUAUCAAGCCAUUCACAGACUGUGAAUUAAGCAUUAGACUCGACUAUGCAUAUUAUGCUUGCCGAAUGUUAGCUUUCUUACACUGUUGCUUGAACCCUGUGCUUUACGUUUUUGUUGAUGUAAAGUUCAGGAAUCAUCUAAAAUUGAUUCUUCAGAAGGUCUUUUAAAAAAUCAGUCACAGAGUACUAAGAGAAAACUAAAGUACUUUUACUGAAUGCAGUGAACCAACAAUGAGCUCUAAGAUAAAGUUCACACUUAAAUAUAGAGGUCCCAAAAGGAGAUUUUUUUUUGUGCCGAUGCUAUAAAAAACACACAGUUGGUUCUACAAAGAACCUUUCAGUGAUCAGUUCUUACAAGAACCAUUUAAUGGAGCCGCAUUUCCAAUGAAAUUACCAGAACAAUUUGUUCCAGUACUUUGAAGAUUAUGCAAAUUAGUCCGGUGAUGUAAGACUUUCCAGUUCCCGAUGGAUUUUGUCCUCCACAUAUGAGCUUAAUAAAGCCUGAACUUUAUUGUUCCAUCUGUCGUAUUUUUUAAACUCCAUUGUUGAUUCGAAUAGCAAACAACUCUUACUGCACGCAUCGCAACAGACUGGUUAUGCUACGUGAAGUCAACCAAUCAGCAUGUCCCAUCUCCGAAAGUUCCAUUGAUGUUAAAAGUUCUUCAUGGAACCAUCGACACCAAUAAAGAACCUUCAUUUAGAGUGUAGAGAUUCAUCCUCAAUUUAACGCUAUCAAAUCUGCUGUUCACGUUUGGACUUCCAUUCUGGGCCUCGUACUACAUCUGGGGUUGGACGUUUGGAGAGAUUGGCUGUAAAGCGGUGACGUUUCUGUU